CCUCCCCGCAACCACCCCACAUCCCUUCUUUGAGCAAGUUCGCGACCUGUACUUUAAAUGACUUUCCUAGUUCGGAAAUCAUUACGAAAAUUAUCCUUCCUGACGGUAUUCCGGCAUUUUAGCGCCUCGGAAAUAAAUCAAAAGCUUGACAACAGGUUCUCCGUCGUAAGUGGAUGUUGUGACAGUUCUUCUUCUUCAUUAGUGACAAAGUUGCACCUGAGAAAGAUGUCGUCGGGUUCGGGACACAAUAUCGUGGAGGAGAAAAGGAGGUACUGGAAUCUUCCAAAGGAAGAGAAAAGGAGGUUUUACAAUUGCGGUGAAAGAUAUAUUGAGCUGAAAGAAAUUCCAUCAUGGCCUCAGUUUUAUAAGGCCAAUAACUACCUGAUCAAUAAAUUGAAGAUUUCCGACUCCCAGAAACAACGGUUACUGCAGGGCAGUACAUACAAAGCUGAUCCAGAACUUAAUGAGAAAAUUUCCAUUUUUGAGGGUGAUAUAACUGCAUUAGAAAUCGAUGCCAUUGUUAACGCUGCAAAUAACAGUCUCUUGGGUGGUGGAGGCGUUGAUGGAGCAAUCCACAGGGCAGCUGGUAGGUCAUUAUUGUUAGAGUGUCAGAGUCUUGAGGGUUGUAGAACAGGUGAUGCAAAGCUAACUGGAGGUUACAAAUUGCCUGCAAAAGCUAUCAUUCACACAGUUGGUCCCCGAGGUGAGCAGCCCUCAUUACUGGAGUCCUGCUACAGGAGAUCGAUGCAAAUCGCCUUAGAGAAUAACCUCAGAACUGUGGCCUUCCCUUGCAUAUCAACUGGUAUUUAUGGGUAUCCAAAAGAAAGUGCAGUACAAGUUGUUUUGCCCACUGUCAGAACGAUGCUCGAAGCGCACAGGGGGAAGUUUGAUCGCAUCAUAUUCUGCGUUUUCCUCAAGGACGACAAGGAGUUUUAUCUGCAGCACCUUCCAGUUUUCUUUCCAUUGCCAUAAUUUUAAGGCAGAAAUAUCCAUGUUUGUUUGAGUUUGUGAGUGUUCUGAAGGGUUGUAUUGUGAACUUUUCAAGUUACGAUCAUUGGCUGUUCGUAAUGUUCUGGAUGAACUUUGAAACAAAUUAUAUUUUGUCUAUAGAGAACUAUUGUCAUUGUUAUGGAAAUUUAAUGUGAAUGCCAAUAAAUUGUAAAUUGACAACAUUACAAAGAAACUGGAUCAUAAAAGCAAAAAAAAAAAAAAAAAAAAAAAAAAAAAAAAAAAACUAAAAA